GUCCUCGUUCACUGGGCUUCCUUAUUCCACCGUCAGAGGACAGGAGCUCAUUCCAGAAAAGACACUUCAUUACUUGUGAAGGACAAGAGCUCAAUGUAAACAUGGUUGAUAUAAGCAUUGCACUGGAGGCUCUGGGAGCACUCUGCAAUGGCAACGUGACGUCUGUCCAGGAACAAGCAUCACCAAUUAAUUUGUCCAGGAGGAACCUUCAUGUGGUACCACAGCAGAAUCUGUCCAUCAAGCUUCUCAUCUCUACUGUCUUGGAUGGAGAUGAAACCUGCAAAGUGUCAAGAACCAGCUUCUACCGGCUCCAGUCUGUCCUGUCCGACAGUGGUGGAGCUGCCGCUCCUGCACUGGACGAGAUCGAUGGUCCUAUUGAGAAGAAUCUCAUUAUGGAUGAGGAAGAAUUCUUUGACCCAAAGUAUCAUUAUGAUUUCACCAAGCGUACUGACAAAAAGAUAUAUUAUAGAGGUGGAGAAAAGUACGAGCGUCCAUGCGGUUGGCAGCGAUUUGCACUGAAGGUGCUGGACAAGUAUCAUGGGAAUACCUGGCUGGGAAACAGGUCCUGUAGAACCCAGUCAUGCCCAGGGGAGUGGCCUGUGUCUUACCACGGGACGUCAAAGAAAGGUGCCGACUGCAUCAUCGAAGAUCAUUACGAGCCAGGACCAAGGCACGUCUUUGGCAGGGGGAUUUACUCCACACCGGAUAUAGGUGAAGCCAGCCGCUAUGCCAAAACGUUCACCUCGAAGAAGAAUGGCAAGAAGUACAAAGUGGUUUUGCAGAAUCGAGUCAACCCUGCGUACAGAAAGAAGUACAAGAACGGCCUCUACUGGCUGGUCCCCAUUCCACAGGGAACAUCAGAAGCAGAAGAGCAGGCUAUGGUAGAGAGGGCAAUCCGUCCUUAUGGCCUUCUGCUGAAAGAGGUCUAACAGAGGAAGGUCUCUCUCUCUCUCACACACACACACACACACACACACACACACAAACACAUACAUAUCUGGCCAGUUUUUGGGCUUUGAAACAAUUUCCUGUCUUUUUAUCGUAAUACGAAAAAGUGGUCCGGUGCUGCCACAUGUAAUUUGCAUAUCAGGAUGAAUAUGGAAACCCUGCUUUAUAGACGGAUGGAAUAAACAACAUGCAAUCUA